UAUAGCUCCAAGCUGUGUCUACUUCCUGGCUCUGCAAUUCGGUUACCAAUUAUUAUAGGAUCCUUAGGUGGAACCCCCAAGCUGUGUCUACUUUCUGGCUCUGUAAUUCGGUUACCGAGUCGCAAGACCAUUUAUUCUUUGAAUGCUCUUUUUCCGGUGAAGUAUGGAGGGAAACGGUCAAAGGUUUAGCGGGCGUUGGUCUCUCCACUCAAUGGUCGUCACUGUUGCAAACUCUGGUCAGGGGGUUACAAGACAGAACCGCAACAUUUAUGUUUCUGUAUUGUUUCCAAGCUGUAGCUUAUGCCAUAUGGUAUGAAAGAAACACUCGUCGUGUGGGAGAGCCCCCUACAACGGCUAGUCAACUCAUCAUAUGUUUGGAUAAGCAAAUCCGAAACAGAAUAUCCUCUUUGAGAAGGAAGUCAUGAAACAAAUAUGAAAUGGCCAUGAGAUGUGGUUUAGGAGUAGAUGAUUCUUUCAAAUUCUUCUCUAAAAUAAAUAUAGCUUUUCAAUUUACUUAGUCUGCAAAAGAUAGCAUAGUAUGUAUAAAGGUUUUUUGAAGUUAAUAAAAUUUAAAGUUCUUUAAAAAAAAAAAUUCCAAAAGAUCAAUAAAUUUACAAAGAACGAAACAAUAAUCACUAACAAAAAAAAAUUGAUUGUAUAAGUUAGAUAGUUUUCUAAUGGAUAUUACAUGUAUCUAAAAGAAAAGUUUGGUCUUCGGAUAUAUACAUGUAAUCUCCAAAAGCCGAACUCUAUCUUUCUCUGAUAUUUUUAGAACCAAGAUUAAAUGUAUCCAAAAAAUAAUCCAGGUAGUCCUUGUAUAAAAUCCAAUAGAAAUAUCAAUCGACAAUAGGCAAAAAGAACUUUGAUACUAAAUGAUGUUGAACAUACCCAAGAAUCUAUAAGAAAGUGAAUAGAUAGAUCCCCAGUUCAAAAGAACGCCAAGCACAAACAUUGGUUGGAAUUAAACUCAUCAAAGUCCAAUAUUUUUACAUCGGAAUUUUGAAACUUGAUGGUGGAAACCUUCAUUUAUAAACUUUGAAGUAUACUUUGAAUAAUUAGAGAGACAUGCUCAUCUUUUGCAUAUAUAAUUUAUAUAGUUGUUUAUUUGUAAUAAACCCUUAUCACUGCAUCAUUUAAAUAUUUUUAAAAAUUUAUAUGAAAUUUUAUAACUUACUAUCAAAAGUUCUUAAAUUUGGCAUAUAAUAAUCAUAGUUUUAUUAUCUAUAUAUUUUAGUUUUUAGUUUAUUGCUACUAGUUAUCUACUCUUAUUUAUAUAUAUUAAGCUUUCAGUAAUAUCAUUAUAAUAUUUUGUAGUAAAAUUUAAUUAUAUAUAAAAACUAGUAAUUGCAAAAGUUCAAUCUGGGACAAAAUUUUAUAAAACUAUCUUAUUUAACUAAAAAUGUUACAUGUAUAUUAUUUCAAUCCAACUGUUUAAAAUCAACUUUAACCUAAAAUAGUCUCUAUCCUUUCUCUCCUCUCCCCAAAAACUAAUAGUUUUAAAAUAUAUAUAAAUAAAUAAGCAAAAGAUGCAGAAUAUCUGCCACUCCUAAAUAAGAAGAAAUAAAAAAAAUCUUCAUUUACCAAUAAUAUUAUAAAAUUAUAUCUUUUUUCUCUCUUUUAGUCUUAAAAUCUGAUUUUCCUGCUCUUGUCUCUAAAACAAUUAAUCUACCAUCUCUCUUUCUCUCUCUCUCCCUCUUUUAUUCUCUCCUGAUCAUCUUCCUUAAGGAGAGAAAAAAUGGAGGAGCCGAAAUGGCUGGAAACUCUCUUAAGAACAAACUACUUCAACAUUUGUCCUCGACACUGUGAGACACCGCGAAAUGAAUGCAACAUGUUCUGUCUCUCUUGUCAAAACGCUGCGUUUUGCAUCUACUGCCGAACCUCCCUCCACAUUGAUCAUCCCGUCCUUCAGAUAAGAAGAUCGUCGUAUCAUAAUGUGGUUAGAGUAUCGGAGAUAGAGAAGGUAUUGGACAUAAGAGGAGUACAAAAUUAUGUCAUCAAUAGCGCGAGGGUUCUCUUCUUGAACGAGAGACCUCAGCCUAAGAAUUCAUCUCAUGGCCCCACGUCAUCCACCACCAAAACCAUUUCUUACUUCUGCGAGACUUGUUGCAGAACGCUUCUUGAUCCAGCUCGCUUCUGUUCCUUGGGUUGCAAGGUUGAAGAAAUGAGGAAGAAUAAGGAAGAUGAAGAAGAGAGAUUGCGUAAAGAAAGACAACAAGAAACGCACAAAGGCACGCAUCCUCCAACUCAUACUUCUAAUUCUAGGCGACGUAAAGGCACUCCUCAUAGAGCUCCUUUUGCCUCCUAAUUUAAUCAACCUUUUUCAAGAAAUAAAAAAAACAAACUUUCUUUUGAUUUAUCUACUACAAUUUAAUGGUCUACCCAAAUAAACAUAGUAUAUGCGUAUUGGGUGGGUGUUUAUAUAUUCCCCAAUUUGUACAAAGUCCAGCUCACUUCUCACAAUCAUCUCACAUGGGAACAACAAUUUGUAUAAAAUAAAAUUGUAAAUUCACCUUUUUGUCAACAUUUUUAUUUAUCAUAUUUCGGAUGAGUAAAUUUGAUAUUAGUUUA